GAUCGAAGCAGUGCCGGGAGGUGCCGGGAGCGCUCUCCCGGCUCACCGGGAGGGGAAACGCGCGUCUAUGGCUUCAGUCCACCUCUCCGCUGUGAGACGGGCCAUCGACCACUGCUAUCAAGACCUCCCACCGGCCAGGGCCUACGCUCUCUCGGCUGACGGGACAGCGCAGCGAGGGCAGGAGAAGCAGACCGUCGACGUGGACCUGACGUAUGGGGAUGUGCGCCCAGAAGCUUUGGAGCGGGCGCUUGCAGCAGCCGGGCCGAUGGAGUGCGGCACGUUCUUCGACCUCGGCUCCGGCGCGGGCCGCGGCGUCAUUACAGCUGCGCUCUGCUGCGGCCUGUCGCGGGCUGUCGGAGUGGAGCUGCUCGAGCCUCUGCACGCCGCUGCGGUGGCUGGGCCGCUGCAGCGGUACACGACGCUGCGUGAGCAGGUCGAGGCCAGGGUGGAGCUGCUGGACGCCACCCUCGCGGGUCUGGACCCGAGUCGGCUGUCGGCGGGCGUGGAGUUGCGCUGUGGCGACCUCUUUGCUGCCGACGUCUCCAGCGCCGACGUCGUCUUUUGCUGCUGCGUGACAUGGUCCGUUUCCAUCAUGCAGCGGCUGGCGGCGAAGCUCGCUGCGGAGCUCGCCAGCGGAGCGCGAGUCAUCACCGUGGGCCAGAGGCUUCCCGAGGUCGUGGACUUGGGGGAGGGUGGCGCCGUUCAAUUCGAGCCGGUCUGGAGGGAGUGGGAGCAGUGCGACUGGGGGAGCGAGGCUUUCGUCGUGCACAGAACGACGCGCAUGGGUGAGCUAGCUGCGAGGCGCCAUCGCAAAAAGGCGGCAGGACAUCGGACAAAUCGGCGGUGACAUCCUUGCUCAUCAACCGCUGGCUCGUUGUCACAUGUCAGCUCGGCUUGUGAGUUCAGAGUCGUGUGCACGUGAACAUUGUUCCGACUUCCGCUCGGCGUUGCGUGACCGUGAGCCCUGACUCCCGACAGCCGAGUCUCAGCUGAGUCUCUCUCCACACGGUGUCAUUGGAGUCUACAGAGUCGUGUCUCAGCUCCGCUCCGCGGUGUGUGGGGCGACCUCGCGUACAGACUGGUUGGGUAGUAGAGCCGUACGUAGUAGUCUAAGUUCUGAGCCUGGAGGCCUAGCGGGUCUAAGUGUGGCUAGCCACGCUGGAGUGCUUGCGCGGUCUAAGAUCAGCGGGAGCCUCUUAC